AUGAGGAGAGGUGUUUCAGGGUUACAAGGAAUACCUGGACCCUUAGGAACUCAAGGUCCACCUGGCCAUCAGAUUUAUUCAUUGAUCAACUAUCACAAUCUGAAAAUGCUUCUGACUUUGCUCCUUGUUAUACUUGGGACCCAGGCUUCUAAAACACAGCAACCUGCCUCUGAGUCUGUAGAUGUUGUCCUUCUGAUUGACAGCUCUAAUACCUUCGGCAGACAAGGUUUUCUCUCAUUAAAAAAUUAUGUGAAUAGAAUGAUCAACAAUCUUCCAAUAGCGCCAAAUAAAUAUCGCCUUGCACUUAUCCAAUACAGUGAUGAUAUCCAUGUUGAAUUCCAGCUGGAAGACUUCAAAGGAAAAAACCCUAUGCUGAACCAUGUUAAAAAGAGAUUUUCAUUCCGGGGUGGGUCUUUAAGGACUGGGAAUGCCAUACAAAAGAUCCACAAGACUAUUUUCAAGGCACUAAGAAGAGACAGACACCAGGUUUUGAUUGUUACCACUUCAGGGGUAUCACAAGAUGACGUGGAAGGACCUGCUACAUUAAUGAGAGAAGAUGGGGUAAAAAUAAUUGCUUUAGGAAUGAUGAGUGCAUCUGAGCAAGAGCUGAAGUCAAUGGCCACACAUCCGUUCAGUUACCAUUUUGAUACACUAAAAGAUCUCCAAAAGUUUUCCUCAAAUAUAUUGUCUGUUAUUGAAUCAACUAUAGCAAUAGAUGAGAAUUUAGUCUUCUCCACAGCUACCCCAACAAGUACAGUUUAUGCUCAUAGCAUGCCCAUAAAAGUUGUGGAUUGUUCUGAUGAUUUAAUUGCAGAUGUUGUAUUUGUGGUGGAUGAAGCUGUUUCACCUACAAAUAGUGAAUAUAUUGUAUCUUUCUUACAAAACACAACAACCUCUCUUGAUGUGCAGAAGAGUUGCAUCAGAAUUGGUCUUGUGACAUACAGCAAUGAGCCUCGUGUACUUUCUCAACUGAACACAGAAACAGAGAUAAAGGAUCUUAUAUUUAAAAUCAAGAGCUUUUCUCCCAGGGAAGGAAAAGCUAAAUUAGGUGCUGCCUUAAACUUUACUAGAGAAAUAAUUUUUACUGAAAGUGCUGGAAGCAGAAGGACAGAAGGUGUGGAACAAAUAGCUACCCUCAUCACCCACAGACCCUCUGAGGAUAGUGUAACUGAAGCAUCAAGUCUCCUUUUGCAGAAGGGUGUGACAGUAUUUGCCAUAAGCAUUGAAGGGGCUAAUAUCACACAGUUAGGUGGAGUAGUAUCCUAUCCCCCAAAUAGAAAUAUUAUAAAAGUUGACAAUUUUUCAAGUCUGGCAGAUAAGUCUAAAAUUUUUGAGAAGAAACUAUUCAAACAUAUUCAUAUGUUUUUUGAUGAAGCUGAAAGAACAGAAGAGUUCCGAUCAGGAUGUAUGGAAACAGAAAAGGCUGAUAUUUAUUUUCUCAUUGAUGGUUCAUCAAGCAUCAGUCCCUCAAAUUUUAUUAAGAUGAAGACAUUCCUAAAGGAAGUAAUUAAGCUAUUUACCAUAGGACCUGAUCAUGUUCGAUUUGGAGUUGUUCAGUUUGGAACUCUUUAUCAAACAGAAUUUGAACUUGAUAAGUAUAUGAAAACCAGCCAUUUAGAAAAAGCCAUUAAUAAUAUAAUCCAAAUGGGAGUAGACACAUAUACUGGAGCUGCUAUAUGGUCUAUGCAGCCAUUAUUUGAAAAGGCAAAAAAACAGCGAGGUGGCAAAGUCCCUUGUUAUCUCAUUGUACUGACAGAUGGAAAAGCACACGAUAAUGUGCUGGAACCUUCUAAAAUGCUAAGAAAAUCAGCAGUCAAUAUUUAUGCUAUUGGUGUGAAAUCUGCUAAUAUCACACAGUUAAAUGAGAUUGCAGACUCAGAAGCAAAGGUUUACUAUGUGGAACAGUUUGACUCCUUGAAAAAUAUAAAAAAUGAAUUUGUUCGAGACAUAUGCUCUGAAAAAGCCUGUGAGAAAAUGAAAGCUGACGUCAUGUUCUUAGUGGACAGCUCUGGAAGUAUAAGCCAUCAAGAUUUUGAGAAGAUGAAGAAGUUCAUGCAAGAAUUGGUAGAUAAGUGUAGUGUUGGUCUAGAUGAAGUGCAAUUCGGUGUUGUACAGUUCAGUAGCACCAAUAAAGAAGAGUUCCAACUCAACUCAUCAAAAGAUUACAUUAUUAACGCUAUUGGGAACAUGGCUCAAAUGCAACAGAACACUUAUACUGGAAAAGCUCUGCAAUUUGUUUCUGAUUAUUUCAAACCAGCAAAAAGAGCACGGCCUUCUGUCAACAAAAUUCUUAUCCUCCUCACAGAUGGGGAAGCACAUGAUAAUGUAAGAGAACCAUCCAGUGCUCUAAGAAAAGAAGGUGUCAUUAUCUAUUCCAUUGGGAUUACUGGUGCUAAUGUUACACAACUAGUAGAGAUCAGCGGGGCACCAAACAACAUGUUUUACUUGAAAGAUUAUGAUGUUCUGAAAUACAUAGAGAAAGACAUCAUGUUUCGCAUAUGCAGUCCAUAUAAGCUGGAUGAGUGCAAAAGGAUAAACCGUUUAGAUCUGGUUUUUGUAAUUGAUAGUUCUAGCAGUAUUGGUGAAACCAACUACAUUCUCAUGAGUAACUUCAUAAUUGGCAUUAUAAAUAAGUCUGAUGUAGGUAAAGACCAUGUUCAGUUUGGAGCAGUAAAGUAUUCCAAUAAUCCAGAAAUUAUGUUCAAGCUGAAUACCUAUAGCAAAAAAUCAGAUAUCAUUAAAUUUAUUCAGGACAACAUGCUUUUAAAAGGACAUACAUACACAGCAAAGGCUCUUCAGCUCUCAGCAAGUCUUUUAACUAAAGAAAAUGGCAGCCGCAAAGACCAAGGGGUCCCUCAAGUUCUUAUGGUCAUAACUGAUGGAGAAUCUCAUGAUAGGGCAAUACUGGAUAGCACUUCAAAUGAACUCAGAAAGAAAGGAACUAUUAUUUAUGCCAUUGGAAUAAAAGACGCAAAUCAUGAGGAACUUGAAAUCAUGGCUGGAUCAAAAGACUACUGGUUCUACAUGCCAUCAUUUGAGGGACUGGAAAACAUAACCACAAACCUUAUAUCAUGUUUUAUUAAUUGGAUUCUUUUUGCAGAAUGUGAUAUUGAAGCAGAACUUGUUAUCCUAGCUGAUUCCAGAAGUAUCCCUGACAAAGAACUGAAGUCUGUGAAGGAUUUUGUGAUAAACUUGCUUAAGUCAAUUAUAAAUAAAGACAAUAUUCUAGUUGGAAUGGCCCAAUUCAGUAAUACACUUCAAGAAGUAUUCCAGCUGGGUGCUUAUCAAAAUCUACCAGAACUUUAUAGUAAAAUUACUAAUAUGUCACUGAUCACAGGAGGGUCCACAUUGAUUGGACAUGCCCUCAGAGAAGUCAAAACCUUUUUCAAAACCAGCAAAGAAAGAGUAGCUCGAAGUGUUAACCAAAAGUUGCUCAUAUUCACUGAUGGAAGAUCAGAUGAUGAGUUUCCUCAAGCAGCAAAAAAAUUGAGAGAUGAAGGUGUGGAAAUCCAUGCAGUUGCAGUAGGAAAUGCGACUGAUUCAAAACUUCUGCAGAUUACCAACUCCCCAAGCAGAAAAUAUAAGGUUGACCAUUACAGUGAUCUAAAAACUCUUGUAAAUCAUGUAAAUAAGGAAAUUUGUAAAGAGACUACUGAAGCAACAUGUUUUGUAGAUAUUAUUAUUGGAUUUGAUAUGUCAUCUCAGAAGCCAGGAAACAAUUUAUUCAGUGAGCAACAUCAUUUGGAGAUUUAUCUUCCUGAUAUUAUAAAAGGCCUAACAUCUUUAAGCAGCACAAGUUGCUCUAAGGAUAAAAAAGCACAAUUCAGUGUGACUAUUUCAGUAGAAAACACAGAUAAACCUUUCUGGGCAAAAUUUCAUUAUGUUGAUGACACAAAUAUAGUAACAGAACUCAGAAACGUUGUGGUCAACAGACCAUCUCAUCUCAACACUGACUUCUUGGAUGCUAUUUGGAAUUUAGUUAAAAAUGUGACUGACAUAGAAAAUCGAAACACGGUAUUACUUCUUUUCUCAGAUGGCUUGGAUGAUAAUAAAAUAGCACUUGGACAAAAAUCUGAAGAACUUAGAAUACAAGGACUAGAUGGACUAAUAACAGUUGCCCUGGAAGGAACCAAAUAUAUUGAUCAACUUCAGCAUAUUGAGUUUGGAAAGGGAUUUGGAUAUAACACUCAAUUAUCGAUUGACACAGAAAAUGUUGCUAUGAGGCUCUUUCAGUAUAUGGACCAAAUUGCUGAGCAAAAAUGCUGCUGCAUAUUUUGUAGGUGUGAGGGGGAAGAAGGACCCCAUGGAAAAAGACGAGAAAAGGGGCACAAGGGUACAACUGGUUUCAAGGGACAUCCAGGAUAUCCGGGAGAUGAUGGAGACCCGGGUCCCAGGGGAAUCUCUGGAAUUCAAGGAAAGAAAGGUGAUAUAGGAGAAUGUGGCAUUAGGGGACAAAAAGGUCAACGAGGACUGCAUGGAGAAAGGGGAGAGGAUGGGGCUGAUGGAGUUGAUGGAAUUCAUGGGGAAGAGGGAUCACUUGGAUUUCCAGGACUAAACGGCAAAAAGGGAGACCUUGGAGAAAUGGGCAAUACAGGACCCAAAGGCCCUCCUGGUGACCUGGGACCAAAAGGCUUCCAAGGAGAUAAUGGUGAACCUGGACAAGACAAUAACAUAAGAGGAGCAAAAGGCUUCAAAGGGCUGUCAGGAAGGAUGGGAGAAAGAGGAUUGAAAAGUUCAGAUGGCUCAGCAGGAUCCCCAGGAAAUAAGGGAGCUGAGGGAAACUCAGGACCUUUAGGUCCAAAGGGAGAGGAAGGAAAUCCUGGUUCAGAUGGUUUGCAAGGAGAUCAAGGAGUUCAAGGUUCCCUGGGAACAACUGGUAUUCUUGGUGUGAAAGGAGAAAAGGGACAACCAGGAAACCAUGGCCGUCUAGGAGAUAUUGGAGAUGAAGGGCCUAAAGGGAAUCAAGGAAAGCUUGGAUCCAGAGGGAAUAAGGGAGAAUCUGGGGAACCUGGAGAGAAAGGAAAAAAAGGUCCCCCUGGCCAGCAAGGAAUGAAGGGAGAAGAAGGAAUUGUUGGUUUUGGCAAUAUAGGAAGGAAAGGAAGAAAGGGUAUAGAAGGAUUCCCUGGAGACUUUGGAAACCAAGAAAAACCUGGAGAUAUGGGCAAUCCUGGAAAACCUGGACUAAAAGGAAAAAGAGGAAGAAUGGGUACUCCAGGAUUAGUUGGUGAUGAUGGUGAACUAGGAACAUGGGGUUACCCUGGACAUCUGGGUCCAAAAGGAGCAAAGGGCCAGUCCUUCUAUUCACCUUGUGAACUUAUUGAAUAUGUACAGAAACAUAGCUCCUGCUGGACAGGAAUACCAAAAUGUCCAGCAUAUCCAACAGAAUUAGUAUUUGCUUUGGAUAUAUCUCAAGAUACCAAUCCUAAGAUAUUUGAAGAAAUGAGAAAGACCGUGAUUGAUAUUGUGAACCAAACAAACAUCAGAGAGAGCAAUUGUCCUGUGGGAGCCAGAGUGGCUGUUGUGUCCUACAGCUCCAACACCAACUAUCUGAUCCGCUUUACAGAUUUCCAGAACAAGAACAAGUUGUUACAGGAGCUCAAUAGACUUUAUUUGCAGAGAACAACCAACAGACGGGACAUUGGUGGAUCCAUGAGGUUUGUUGCCAGGCAUCUCUUCAAGCGAACUCUCCAAGGUGCUAAUGUGAGGAAAGUUGCUGUCUUCUUCAGCAAUGGAGAGUCUGACCAUCCUGACUCAAUUGGUACAGCGGUCCUAGAGUUCAGUGCCUUAGGUAUCCAGCCAGCAGUCAUUUCUUUUAAAAGUGUCCCUGAAAUUACUCAAGCUUUUGAGAUGGACAGCACAGGAUUGUUUCAAGUUAUCCACCUCCAUCAGAAGAGUGAUUAUCUUUCAGUCUUAGAAAGACUUCAGAUGUGCGUAAUUUGCUAUGACAAAUGCAGACCAGAUGAAUCUUGCUUCAGAACGCAACCUUUCAAAACUGAGGCUUAUAUGGAUGCUGCAUUCAUUCUGGAAAAUUCCAGGAAAAUAAGCACUACUGGAUUUGAAGAACUAAAACAUUUCCUAAGUAGAGUAUUGGACAGCUUUGAAAUUUCUACAAAUCCAAAGACCUCUUUGAAAGGUGAUCGGAUAGCUGUUGUGAGUCAUGCUCCACUGAAUUUCCAAUUCCAAAGACAAGAGCUUUCAGUAAAAAUUGAAUUUGACUUGGUGACAUAUGAAAGUAAAAAACAAAUGAAGAGACAUAUUGAAAAGUCUUUUCAGAAACUAAAUGGAGAAGUAGCACUUGGCCAUGCCAUAAAGUGGACAAUUGAUAAUAUCUUUUCAGAAGGACUUAACCAGAGAGAAAAAAGGGCUAUUUUUAUCAUAUCUGCUGGGGAAACAAGUCAUUGGGAUAAGGAAGUGUUGAGUGAUGCAGCCCUAAGAGCCAAAUGCAAAGGUUAUGCUGUAUUUGUGCUUUCAAUAGGACCUCAAUAUGAUUACAUAGAACUUAUGGAACUGUCAAGCCUUCCUUUGGAACAUCACAUAGUACAGCUUGGCAGAAUCCACAAAGCUGAACUUGAAUAUGCAGUCAAAUUUCUGAAGCCAUUAAUACAUCUGCUCAAAAGGGAAAUACACAGCUAUCCAGAUUCAGAGCUAAUGAGAAUAUGUGCAAAAAUCAGUCAUCAAAAACCAAGGUAUGUUUUACAGCACCAUGUGAGUUUUCUUGCCUCAGUGAUCUGUUCAGAGGCAUUGUGGAUUCCUGCCUACAAACCCUCAUAG